ACAGGAACCCGUCGUCGUCCACCGCGUGCAGCUUGACAGUGGUCCACUCGUCUCCCAGCUCAACUCACCAUUAGCGGCUGUUCAAACAGGAGACAUGGGACUGUGGAGCCGCCGAGGGGGGGAAGCUCUUCCCCACGACAACUCAACCCCAAGACAGGGAACCAUAUCGAGCUGAAGAUGUUUCACGGAGCCUCCACUUUGUCGCCUGUGUUUCUAAUUCACACUCGAACCGGAAGAGACACUUCAACUUAAAUGACAGCUGAAGUUAUCCGUGCAUUUGUGAUACCUGGGGCCGAGUGCCACACCUUCGCUUAGCGGAACAGCUCCACGACACAGCUGGCCAGAUGGGGUGCCUAUGCUGCAGGAUGAUAAAAAGCUACGUCUCCGACCCCUCUGAGGCGGCGGACGUGAGGAAGAGCGACUCGGCGUGCAGCUCGCUCUACCAGCCGCACCACCUCCCCCGCAGCAGCCCGCUCGGCGAGGAGAAGCAGGGCUUCAACAACCUGGGCUACAGCCGGUCCAACGACAGCACGCUGAAGCUGGAGGUGGACAACAACCACGUCAACCACCGGCUGCACGCCGCGCCGCCGCCCGCCGCCAAGGAGCCGAACCGGCAGGGGAGCGCCGCCCCGCGCGCGGCGGACGGAGCGCUGUACAUCAUCCAGCCGGACGCCGUGGGGCCCAGAUGGGAGACGCGGGACAAAGGGCCCAGCCAGGUGCCGGUUUACCCGCAGAUGGAUAACGAGAACCAGAGGAGCUACGGCGAGCGGGGGCCCGGCGCCACCAGGGACGAGUGGGACCGCGCCGAGCAGUCGGCGGACGAGAUCGACGAGGGCGUGGGCGGCACGCCGGAGUACCCGUGCGACACGGGCGACGAGGCCAGCGUCCUGUCGGUGGAGAUCCACACCAGCACCACCAGCCUGUCUUCGGCCGACACCAGGGACGAGCUCAGACCGCCAAAGACGCCGGACGCUACCAAGAGCGGCGGCGUCCCCGUGACGAAGGGCGAGGAGGAGGAGGAGGAGGCGGCGCACAGCGUCACGGACUCGAUGGUGGCGGAGGCCCUCGCUGCUAUGGAGGCCGCCACCGCCGGGGAGGACAGCGAGUGACCGACCGCCGGGAAAAAACAACUCUCAGACAUGAUGACCACGACCGCGCGGAAACCGUUUUUUAUCCGAACUCGGAACGAGUGGCGGGAAACCGCCGGAAGAAAAAGUGCAGAUAUAUUUUCGAACUUAAAAUCUCGGAUAUUUCCGGAUCGCGGUCGCUCUCGACCGAAGGAGACGUCAGCCGUGCGGAGGAGGGAACUUUGCCAACGCCACAAGUGAAGUUUGUGCCGACUGUGAAUAUCGCCUGCAGCGACGUCCGAGCGCGAGACGCUCCGCUAAUCCGCCCGGACGCUCACUCGCCGCUUCGCCACGUGUCCACGCUGCCCUUAUGUGGGCAUUUUAGAGAAAUGUAUCGUGUUUUGGCACGUUUUGCCUCAUUUCGGAGCGUCGCUGCGCCCCCCCGAGUGUAGAGUCCAUAUGUCCUCGCCACAACUCGUUGUCUCUUCACGCUUCUCGCGAAAGAGGAAAGGUAAUCGCGUAUUUUACUUCUCUUUUUAUUUUUAUACCCAUGUCCUUAUUUUGUCCUCUGUUGUUAUUUAUGAUGUCGUCGCUCGCGUCGCUUUUGCUGCGAGGAGGAACUUUGACGUUGAUCGGGGCAGAAAAGGCGGGAGGGGGGGGGGGAAGCGGAGGCGGUCCUUAUUUAUAACUUACCGUGUCAUCGUUGAUUUCAACGGAAUAAAGCUAAAUGAAUAUCGUAUCCUCUUUGAAAUUGAGAAAUGUAUAGUUUACACACACACAUCAUCCGACUCCUGAACACCGACGACGAAGAUAUAUGCACGUCUGACAUCUUCAGCAUGUUACCAAAUGAUAAAACGCUGAUGAUGCGUUUCACCGUUAGCUUAAUUUUUCCUCCACAGCCGAACUUUGAGCUAAACGAGACCCGAUGAGGCACAUCAGAUUCUAAUUCACAGGUCAGGCUCAGUGUUCCCGGUCGGGCCCAUGACGUUAGUUCAAUCCGCAGCUUGCCCACGUGCCUUACGACGGACUAAUUGAGGCUAGCCGGUGCAAAAGAGUGUGUGAAGAGUGUGUUCAUGCUAAUUAAACCGUUACGCUCACUGAAAUUCUGAAUGUUUUUUCACUGCGACGCCUCUUUUUUUCACUGCCAAAUCAUUUCUAGAUAUUAUAUUUGUACUGUCAAAUAAAGGAAUGUACUUUUAAAACGUGUGUGCGCUGUGCGGUACUUUGCGUACACGAGGUGUGUCGUCACUCAGCGGACCUCCCUGGAGGAAGACGCUCGGCCGGGUAAUGUACUUCUCUUUUCAUCUGACAUUUUACAUGGUCAAAAACAUUUUAUAUUUUGAUAAUGCCUGACUGAGAUUUACGCUAGAUUGAAUUGUUGCAGGAUUUUUUUUUUUGGGCGAGAAAUUCCUCCCGCCAAAGGUCGGCCUGCAUCGGGUCAACGUUGCAAAUCCCGCUUCGCCAAAGUCGGACUUGAGGAGUAAAAUCUAUUAAUUGCAGCGGUUCUGUUCUAUAAUGCUGGUGUGUCCUUUUAAUCUGAUUUUUGUUCAAAUGUUUACUUAUUUACUGAAAUAAAUUCAUUUUCUUAA